AUGGCUGCAUUUACGCCAGUAGAAAAACAGGUUCCCUUUGCACAAGCUUCAGACUCGGGAUCGUCACAAGCCUCCAAGUCGGUAUUACCACAUUAUGGUUCAUCUGCAGACCACCCCUUUAGCGAUCCAGCUACAGCUCAGCAUUGGCGUCGAAAAUACGAAAAUGCCGAAUAUGAAGGACGGCAUCGAUUCAACCCACAGUAUACAUGGGAAGCCGAAGAAGAGAAACGUCUUGUCAAGAGACUCGACUGGCGGAUAAUGUUCUGGGCAUGGAUCAUGUUCAUUUCUAUGGAGUUGAAUCGCAGGAAUAUCAAUCGAGCAAUCUCGGAUAACUUGCUUAAAGAUCUGGGUAUGAACACUAAUGACUACAACUACGGUCAAACUAUCUUCCUUGCUUCUUUUCUAUUUGCAGAGCUACCCAGCGGCCUAAUUAGCAAGAAGCUUGGUGCUGAUCGCAGAUGGAUUCCAACGAUCAUCUGCACAUGGUCCAUUGUCAGUGCCGCGCAAUGCGCCAUGAAAACCAAGGCCCACUACUUCCUCAUCAGGUGCAUCCUCGGCCUGCUGAUGGGCGGUUUCAUCCCAGAUAUCGUCCUCUGGUUGACGUACUUUUACAAGUCGAAUGAACUUCCGUAUCGCCUAGCAUGGUUCUGGACUGCUUUAAGUACCUGCAACAUCUUUGGAUCACUGCUUGCAGCGGGUAUACUACAGAUGAGAGGACUCAAUGGCUGGGGUGGCUGGCAAUACCUGUUCUUGAUCGAAGGCGCCAUGACGCUUGUUAUCGGCAUUUUCUCCUUUGGUCUUAUGCCCCCUGGUGCCUGUCAAACUAAACACUGGUUUCGUGGCAAAAACGGCUGGUUCACUGAACACGAAGAGCACAUUCUCGUGAACCGCAUCCUCCGCGACGAUCCCUCAAAAGGCGACAUGAAUAACCGUCAAGCGAUCGGCCUCCCACUUCUUUGGAAAGCAGCCUGCGACUGGGAGCAAUGGCCCCUCUACCUCAUCGGCCUGACAGCCUACAUUCCACCGAACCCACCUCAGAACUACCUUUCCUACAUCCUUCGCCAACUUGGCUUCUCUGUGUUCGAAGCUAAUUUACUCGCCAUACCCAGCCAGUUUCUCUACGCAGUCCAACUUCUAGUUGUCACCUGGCUAUCUGAGAAGUUCAAAGAACGGUCCAUGAUAUCCAGUCUCUCAAAUAUUUGGAUCUUCCCCUGGCUCCUCGCUCUAGUUGUCCUGCCUGCUAGCGCAAACCCCUGGAUCCGGUAUGCACUACUUACCGGUCUUCUUUCCUACCCUUACUGCCAUGCUAUUCUCGUAAGCUGGAAUGCAAAGAACUCGAACUCUGUUCGUACGCGUGCUGUCUCAGCGGCUUUCUACAAUAUGUUUGUUCAGUCUGGCAACAUCAUUGCUACAAACAUUUAUCGCGAUGACGAUCAACCACUGUACCGCAGGGGGAACAAGAUACUACUUGGUGUCUGUGUGUAUAACGUGUUUUUGUUUUAUGGUGUGAAGGCGUUCUAUAUUUGGAGGAAUAAGGUGAGAGAAGGACAGUGGAACGCUAUGACAAAGGAGGAGCAAGAGGACUAUGUCAUCAACACCAAGGAUGAGGGAAUGAAGAGGUUAGAUUUCAGGUUUGCGCAUUAA